AUGGCCGACAAAAGGAAGGGCGAUGAGAAUACCUACGUCAUCCAUCCUGAGUACAAGAAUAAGUUCCGACCCGGCCCCACCCGCGAGAUCAUCAGGGAUGUGCUGCAAAGCAAGCUGGACAAGGCAACUUAUAGCAUGGAGACAACUCAGCUGCUGACGAAGCAGGUCGCAGACGACAUCAAGGACCGGCUAAAGGAGCUCAACUUGCCGCGGUACAAGAUCGUAGUCCAGGUCUCCAUCGGCGAGCAGAAGGGCCAAGGAGUCCGCAUGGGAACGCGGUGUUUCUGGGAUGGCGACACAGACAGCUACGCCUCAGAGAUGUACUGCAACGAAAGCCUCUUUUGCGUCGCAACGGCAUACGGAGUGUACCUGUACUGA